UAUUCAACCCAAGUUAUCAACAGUUAGCGGAUCAAAUAGUGGCGAAGGAAUGGAUAAAAGAAAUACAGGGUUCUCAAAUUUGCAACAACUUGGCGGUGCUAUCUUUAUCGAUGAUGCUGAAGAUGAGCCACCAAGAGUCAAAAGUUCAGAAGAUUCGAGACCGGCUCCACAUUGGCUGGACAGUCCAAGAGACAGCACGACGCUUCCAGAUAUCAUUGCUUCAACAUAUAGUGAUUUCAUAGAUGAAGCAGAAUAUGCGACAAAACAGAUGCUGGCCAUCUUGGAAACACUGAAUCCUAUCGAAGAGUACAUUGAACUAUUUGAGAGCUCAUUCAAAGCCAUAGAGGUCCGAUUGCCAUUCGAUGUGAUUUUAAAUGAUGAAAAAAAACCAGAUUGGGAUGCGAUUCGGCGAAAACUGAUUAUGGGCAGUCUGACAGUGAAUACAACAUCUGAAAAGCCAGGAAUAACCACUAAUCAGAUGACAGCGAUAUUUGACGCUAUUCCAUUUCUUUUUGAUGCCGUUGCUUGCAAUCCGGAACUUUAUGAAUAUCAGAAUACUUUAUCCAUGAUUGUGAUGAUUGCGAUGACCGGAAACUCUAUGAUCCGACGACAGAGCAUCAAUGCAGUACAGGCACUUAUGGAAAGGAAUAUGCUUGAUCAGGAUUUCAUGAGAGAUGGCGUUGUUCCCGGACUCUUUAACAUUUAUCAAUCAGGUGUCGGUGCGUUCCAGUCAAACGAUCUAAGGAUGGAGUGUGUCCAGGCACUUUGCCAGGUUAUCUCGUAUGAUGCGAUCCACGAUCGACGAUGGUUAUUCGAUAAUUUCCUGCCACGUUUUUCACAAAUGCUCAAAGAUCCGACGAUGCAUGUCAGGAAGAGUGCCCUUCAUAUUUUUGGAAAUCUUGGAAACAUGUUUGGACAGAAAUUCACCGAAGUGUUCUUGGUUCCCCACCUGAUUACACUCUCGUGCGAUAUGACAUGGGCGGUUCGGAAAGUUGCAUGCGAGAUAUUUGUGAAAGUGGCUGAAUGUGCUUCAAAUCAAGUGAGAAUUGACAUUUUGUCACCUAAUUUCGUGAGAUUAUUGAAUGAUCCGAACAAAUGGGUGUCGUUCAUUGCUUAUCAACAACUUGGACCAUUCAUUUCACUAUUUGCUAAUCCGGAUAUUACGGGACUUGAACUUCGAAAUGGACAAGUCGUUGUCAGAGAUCCAGUAGUAUUAGAACCAUCAGUAACUGAACAGGAAGAUCCAUCAAAUUCUACAUUUUCGGAAGACACAUCGGAUGAUUUUAGAACACUUCCUAAAGAUACGUGGCUGCCUGAAGUUGAUUUUAAUGAUGACUUUGAAUAUCAAUUGGGAUCAAUCGAUAAUACACAGAAUCAAAAGGAAUUGACAACUGUGACGACAGCAUUGGUGAAAACUCCGAAACGAGGGGAACGAGUUAUGGACAGCGUUCUGUCUGGAAUCAACAAAAUGUUUGGAUCGUUGGAACGAAGCUCGCCGAAAUCAAAAGAAGUCGAAAAAAUUGCUGCCACAUUUUCAAGUCCAUCGAAACGAUCACCACUAUCACUUCACAGUGCAGUCAGUCUGAUUGAUAAAUUCAGCAAAAGAAGCAAUCCGAACAAUCCACAGCGAUUCCCAGUAUUUGAUUCUGCCAACUCGGAUUCCACAUUAUCAUCUAAUUCCUCUAACAAUAACAGCUCAGAGCAGCAGAAUUCGACGGGAAUCGCUGCAAAGUGCAGUUCAACUGAUGAUUUGACUAAAUUAGGACUUGAAGACGAUGACUCACCAGAUGCAGCUGAAGAUUCCGAUGAUUUCACAUCGGAAACACGGACGACAAGUCCACGUGGUCGGCGUAUUGCCACCAACGCGUGGUCGAAGCUUGAUAUUCGGCAGAAGAUAUUUCUCCGGCGACUUGGAGCUCUACCACCGAGCUUUCCGAAGAAAAAGGCGACACACAGCAGCAGCAGCAGUCCGAGAAAAUCACCAACAAGAUCGCCACUGCUGUCGUCGCGAAAAAAGGGACUUUUGUUUGAUUUUGCGGCGCCUAUUGAAAUCAAAUCAUCGUCUUCUGAUCAUUCGGAGACAAUUCCAGUCCGGACAGCCAAUCAACAGCAAGAAAAAGCAGAUGAUGAUAAGCUGAAUACCGAUGAACGGCAGCAAUACAUGGAAAACUCUGGUCCAAAGUUCAACACUGAUGAAGAUUCAACGAAUGAUUCAGAUAGUGACGAUGAGGAUAAUGAUUUUGAAAAGUCUUUUGUUGCUGACGAAGAUGACGGAGAACAAGACGAUAGUCCAUUAUCAAUUGAAAUUAAAUCAUCUUCUUCGUCAGACUUUGAAUCAGUUUCGGCAGCCACUCCAACAUCUCAGGAGCCAGUAUCUAAUGAGUUUUCAUUGACUUAUUGGUCGUCAAACUAUGCUAUUUCGUCUAUCGAAGAUGAGCUCAAACCUUUUGGAUCCUCAUCCUCAUUUACCAAUUCUCCAACUUCUAACAGUUAUUUGGAGAGCCGAUUCGAUGUGAUGAAGGUUAAUCUUUCGCCAAGAGCUCGAUCAGUGUCAUUUGGAACUAAUGGAUCUCCGAUAUCCACUUCACCACGAAGAAAAGCCAACAGUACAUCUGAACCAUCUCCACCAAACACCGGAAACUUGAAAAGCGAUGACUCCAUUGUAAUGCUCAAUACGGAAGAAAAGGAGAAACUGGGAAUUUUAGAUUUCGAUGAAAUGAACAUGUCAAUAUCAUCGAAUUCAUCGAUUCAUGGAGAAGCCGCAAUGACGGAAGAUUCGGAUAUUAGUCUAACUUCGAUUGAACAGGCAGCACUCCAACAUGUUCCAGUAGAUCUUGUUGAAUCUUAUAUGAGAGUCAUGGGGCCGAUUGGAGGUAGUGGAAGCGGAGGUGGUGGUAAUGGAAGUUCUACAACCAUAGCUACUGGAGAUCCAUCGCUUUGCGCGGAGACCUAUCGUCAUUGUGCUCACAACUUUCCCGCAGUGUGCUAUACGCUUGGACGUGCUGCAUGGCCUCGGCUUAAGCUUGUAUUCCGGAAGCUUGCGAUGGAUGAGCAGGCUCGAGUUCGUCAGUCGAUAUCUCAUUCGAUUCAUGAAAUAGCAAAUAUGCUUGGACAGGAGAUCACAGAUGAAGAUUUGUUGCCAGUUUUCUAUGAUUUGAGAAACGAUCAAAAUCCAGACGUUCGCAAUGGAAUAUUAAUUCAUUUGUAUGAUUUCGUGAAGUUCCUGUCGCCAGAAAAGCGUGACGAGAUGAUUCUUUCCCUUCCACAAUUCUUCCCAAUCGGAGCUCAACCAGGAAAUCAGGCACAGAAUGGUGAUUGGAGAUCUAGAUUUGAACUUAUAUCUCAACUUUCGAAGCUGUGCUCUCUGUACAGUAUUCAAGAUGUCAAUUUUCACAUGUCUGGAAUUGCUCUUACAUUGGCUGAUGAUCGUGUCGCAGAAGUUCGACGUGAAGCUGUGAUGCUUGUUUCAACGAUCGUCGGAGCCCUUGUUACAGCUGAAUGGGAUAACAUCAAAGGAGUUCGGGAUAUUGAAAAUGGACAUGUUGAUGUGAAAAAGAAGAGUAACAAAACUGAUUUUUUGUCCGAACAAUUUGUCGAUGAUAUUGUAUCCAGUUUUGCAAAAACUCAGAAAUGGACAAGACGUCAAACAUUCUGCUUCAUCUGCGCCCAAAUUUUACGCGAUAAGCAGUGCGACGGGAUUCAGUUCCGAUAUUUCUUUGCUACUCCUCUUCAGCAGUUGGCUCAAGAUAAAGUUCCAAAUGUCCGAUUGGCAUCUUGCGAGGCGUUAAGUGUGUGGAGAAAAACUUUGAUCGCUGCUCGCGCUCAGGAAAGAAGAGGUCAAUCUCCGAUCUCUUCGCCAGCAUCAGAACCAUCAGCUAUCCGUCGUGACAUCAAUCUUGUUUCCGAUAUGAUGGUCAAACUCUCCAACGAUUCUGAUAUUGAUGCGGCAUUCAUUGCAAAGAAGUGUCAAGGUUUAACAGAUGAUCAUCAGCCAGUUGAUGUUGCUUCACGAACUACACGGAUGCGUGAACGAGAAGAACAGUUCUUUGGAGAUAUUAUUCUUAGCUAUUCUCCUGGUUGUAAUGCAAGAGUUUCUGGUAAAGAAAUUAAACAGUUGAUCCGGCAUGAUCAAGGAGCAGUUCAGAAAGCAGCUCCACUUCAAUCAAUGGAAGAUUUUGGAGAUGAGAUAUUGGCUCAUGCGGCAGAUUCGGUGAAUAUUCAAACACCUCCGGAAGUAGUUGCUACUGUUCAACGAGUCUCAAUUACAAAUGAACAAUUUGAGGAUAACACUGAAGCGGUUGAUAUGGAAAUUGAAGAGGAUGAAGAUGAAAACUCUACAGAGAAGAAGGAAAACACUGAAAAAACCGCAGAGGAAGAAUCUGAGAAUGUUAAGAAUACUGAGGAUGAACUGGAUAUACCUAUGGAUCCUGCACCUACUCUUCCACCACCAGUGACAUCAAAAAAUCAAUCUUCAUCACCUAUUACCGCCUCAAGUUCAGAUAACAACGAGACAAGUGCUUGAUUUUCAGUAAUUUUGGAAUGUGUUCGAACCAGUUUUUUUUUCAUGUUUUCCUAUUCUUUUUGUCAAAUUCAAUUCACCACGUGGCCUUUAUUUCAUAUACAUUUGCUCACAAAGAUAUAGAUUUUUUCCUGCAAUAUUUCCCCGAAAAUUGACAUUUGCUAUAAGUGAGAGCAAUUUAAUUUUUUGCCACAAUUCACUAUAUCAUAUGUCUCUUUUUCUUCCAAACUUGAAGUUUUAGGAUUUGAUUCAAAAUGUGAUCGCUGGCCGAUCUUUUCCCAUUAAAAUACUUUUUUUCUAGGUUUCUUGUGUAAUUGUCCCGUUUUUUUCUUGGAAUUUUUAGAAUUUUAUGUGUGGUAUUUAUUACUAGAGUAUCAAUUUCAAUUAUUUCAGUUUUCCAUCCCCAUUUAUUCCAUUUUUCUUGGUCAUACUUAAACUCCGCUGUUGACAGCUCCUUUUAUCCACUUUCUUCCCAUUUUCUUCUCCCCGCCCACAAUUUCUCACACUCGGUUUUCAUGUUUCACUUAAUUGUGCGUGCUCUGCCCUCUUACUUCAUUUAUUGAUUUUUUUGUAGCCAUAGUGCCUAAUUUGUGGUAUAAUACAUGUGAAUUCGUAGUUUA